CUGUCCUGCAGGUUGGGCCAAAAUACCGCCUUGUUGCCUGUGGAAGUCCACACGCUGCUCACUCCUAUCUCCGGGGUGGGGGCGCUCAGCGCGGCACACGGCCGGCCGGAGGUCGAGGCAGGGCGAGGCCAUGCUGGAGCCAGGUGGGCAGUAGAGGCACGGCCAUCCCCACACGCUGGGCAGCGUAGCCAGGUGCAGGGCACCAUGGAGACCUUCAUGGAGUCGCUAAACAAGCUGAAGGACACCCACGAGAAGGAGGUCCUGGGCCUGCAGAACAAGCUUCUGGAACUGAACUCUGAGAGGUGCCGGGAUGCCCAGCGGGUGGAGGAGCUCUUCGCCAAGAACCACCAGCUGAGGGAGCAGCAGAAGGCGCUGAAGGAGAACCUGCGGGUGCUGGAGAACAGACUUCGGGCCGGCCUGUGCGACCGCUGCAUGGUCACCCAGGAAGUGGCCAGGAAGAGGCAGCUGGAGUUCGAGAGCUCCCACCUGCAGAGCCUGCAGCGCAUCUGUGUCCUCACCAACGAGAUGACCAAAUUAAAGGAGGAGAACAAGAUGUUGAAGGAGGAGGUGAAGCGGCUAUGUGGCCUGGAAGACAAGCCGGCACCCCCAGCCAGGGAAGGUACCUUGGAGCGCCCCUCACCCCUGCUGCUCCCCUCCCCCGGCGGCCGGAAGGCUGUCACCGAGAAGCCACACGGAGGCCAUGAAGAGGCUGAGGAGGAGCAGCAGGCCACAGCUUCUCCAGGAGAAGACAAGUCCGCGGGCUACAGGACAUCUCCAGUGGUCAACCCGCCCGAGUCCCGGGCCCCAGACAUGAGUCCCCAGCGCAUCUCCAACCAGCUGCACGCCACUGUCGCUGUGGUGCGGCCUGGGUCUCGGGCCUGCCUGGCGGACCGCGGCUCCUCCGACCGGACAUCUCCACCCACCAGGAGCACCCCGUCCAGUCCAGUGUACGAGCACAGCCUCCCUCUGGACAGCUUCCUGCGGGCUUCCGGGCCUGCAGUCCGGGCCUAUGAGUCCCUGAAGCGGCCCCUUCAGACCGACCACUUCUGUCUCCUGGACCGCCAUCUGUCCCUGCACCUCCAGAGCCCACACAACAGCCCCCCAGCCCUAGCCCCAGCCCCCCACAGCCCCCAGCCCUGGGUCCUGAAGGCAGGGGAGGCCUGGGAGGAGCCCGUGGGCCUGCUGGGCCUGCCUGGCGCCCUGGUGGGCAUGCAGGACCCCCGGCUAGAGGGGGUGCUACACCUGCUCCUGGCUCAGCGGCAGCUGUGUGCGCGGGCACGGGCGGGCAGUGACACACUGAGGGGUCCGCCCCCCAUGGGGGGGACUCCGCCCUCCCCGCCAGUCGGCUGGGACUCUGACAGUCCUGAGCAUGAGGUGCUCGGGGCAGCCCUGACCACAGCAGCCCUGCCUGGUGGGCGGCACCCACAGACCGCUGGCAGCUCCCCUCAGAAGGAGGCAGGGGCCACUCAAGACUAUGCCCCAGACAAGCCCCUGGACCUCUCAGACCCGGGCCGCAGCAAGGACGCCCCCAAGUCUGCCAGCCAAGCUGAGUCCCUCAGCUCCAAACUCGCCUGCCCUCUCAGCCCUGAGCCGCUGACUCUGUCCCGCGCCCUGACUCACAGCCCCCCAACACUCAGCAAUGGCACCCAAGGACCCACAGAGCCAGAGCCGGAGGGGUCUCCCACUCCCACGGGCCCCUCACCGCCUCUCCCAGGGCCCCCCCUCAGCCUGCUCACUGCCAUUGGGACCAGAUGUGAAGCCAGAGGGAGGUCAAGGCCAGCACCCCACCCACAGGGCCCCAAGGCUGCUGGGCCCCCAGAGCCCAGCAAGGCUGGAGCGCACAGCCUAGGGUCGGGGGAACUGGAGGAGUCUGACACAUCCAACAGUGAGGUGGACCGAAGCUCCGAAACAGGGGCCAAACUGAGCAUGCCAGGGGAGGAACACAGGCGCUUCUGCCCCCAGAAGCCCCAGCAGGGUUUGCAGCAGAAGAGGAAGCAGACCUUGGACCUGGCAAGCAGAGGCUCCAAGAAGCUGUGCCGAGGGAGAAGGAAAGCAAGGGAGCUUAUGAUAGCUGCCGAGGGGCCCAACAGCCCAAGGGACACCAAGGACUGCAGCCCCUCGCCUGGCAACAGCAGCCCUGAGGAGACCUAGCCAGGCCAGUCCAGGCAGCUCUCCACCCGCCAGCAGAUGCCACACCACCGGGGGUGGCCCGCAUCCAGAGUGGUCCUGGAAGCUCCACCCUCUCAGAAAAGCCCUGCCAGCCCCAUCCCUAGACCAGCAUCCGCGCCUUGGGGGAGCGGUCGGGGAGUGGGCAGCAGGAACUGCUCCUGUCCAAGCCAUGUGCUGCCCUUCCCCCGCAGGACCCACACCUCCUGGACGUACUGGACCGGCCUUCGGGAGCACAGAGGGCUGACCCUCCCCGCCACCCCCGGGCUCCAGUUAGUGGCAGCAGUCUGGGGCGCCCCCUCGUGGAGUCCAGGCAAACAGGCAUCUAGCAAUGCUGGUGGAGAGAGGCCACGUGUCCUCCCGGACGGGGGUCCGUGAAGAGCAUGGAGAAUGAACACAAGGUGCUGACGUGUGCUGUUGACAGGGCUGAGAUCAGCCGCCUCCACUACCCCAGCAAGUGACGCCUGGAGGGCAGAAAUCCUGGUGGCACAGCACGUGCACCUGCCCUGGCAGAGCCCUCCUCACCAACAUGAUCCUGAGCCCGGGCCUGUGCCAGCCGGUGGUGCAGCCCCAAGGCAGCACCCCUGGGACCCACCAGUGGCACCCAAGGGUGCCCUGUUGUUUUAGGAGGACACUUCUCAGGGCCUCUGCAGUCUGCCAGAAGAGCUUAAGAAUCAGAGGCCCAGGCCCCACUGAACCAGGACCUGUAGGUGUUUGAAGCAGCACCCACAAGUGACCCCCUGCACAUGAAGUCUGAAAGCUACCCCUUCUCAGGCAGAGAUGGCACUAAGACCUCAGCUGGUCAUCAGAGAGCUGGUGAGCAAGCAGAAGGGUCAGCAUCCAACAGGGGAGGGCACGAUGAGAAGAGAAACUGUCCCCGUGGGAACCAAGGAAGGUGGUGUUGGAAAUUCAAACUUGGGUUUUAAGAGAUAAUAGCAUGGAGCUGGGGAUUUAGCUCAGUGGUGCUGCCUGCCUCGCAAGCACAAGGUCCCAAGUUCGAUCCCCGGUACCGAAAAAAAGAGAGAGAGAGAUAAUAGCAUGUCAAGUAGGCAAAAGGCAAAUGAAAUGUAGGAAGUUUGCUGAAAUUGGAACACUAGGAAAGUGAACAGUCAGGAAAAGGCAGGGAGGCACAGUGUGGAGGUGUGCCUCUGUGAUCCGGGUGCUCUGGGAGGCUGCUGCAGCGAGCAGUCUGGAUGACUUGGUGACCUAGCCAGACCCUGUCUCAAAGGACAAAAGGGCCAGGGACAUAGGUGAGCAGGGUUCAACCCCCAGUACCACAGACAAAAGGGGGGCGAUGGAGGAUGUCAGGAGGACAGGGGUGCCAGCAGAGGGCACAACUAGGAAACUCCCUGCUUUGCCCUCAGAGCAUCCAGACAGGGCCCUGGUAAAAGGCCAGGGGAAAGAGGGCCAGGGAUUUAUCUCCGUGGCUCCUCGCCUGCCUGGCAAGCCUAAAGUCUUGAGUUCAAUCCCCAGCACCCCAAAUAAACAAAACAAAAAGGCCAGGGGAAGGGUCAAAGAAAACAGGACCACACCUGGGGGACAAGGGGGACAGGGCUGGUCAAGCUCAGGCAGGAGGGCCCGCAGGGUCAGCAGGAGUCUGCAAUUCAUGCCAGUGGGGUAGCAGGACAUGGGGCAUGGUGAGGUCCCCCUUGCUGACCACAACCUGCCUACCUGCUGGCCUGAGAAGCCAGAGGGCCCCAUCCGAAACGGGAUGUGUGUGUGUGUGUCCCAGCUGUAAGGUUGUUUUGACUGUUCCAGAAUGAAAUAAAACAUGAGCUGUGUGCUCCACUCACUCUGA